UGUAUUUGUAUCUGAGUUUGUGUGCACCUUUCGUCGGUUUGAGAUCGCUGCCGCGAACAGAGCGGAUAACAAAUGCGUUAAAUACAAAAUAUUUUCGAAAUUGAAGAAAGAAAAACAAGUUGUAACAACAUUUCUGAAAUGCUACACAGAAAAUGCAAACGGCAACUCGCACAAACCCAUGUUGGAUUAUAAUUUAUACCCUUAAAUUUGGGGACUACAAUGCGGCCAGAAAUAUACAAUGUUACUACAGUUCAUGCUGCCCAAUGCCAGGAUUAUUUUUAUACAGAUGGUAAUGCUUGCUCUUGUAACUACAACAUGUGCAAAGAAAACCGACGAAUACAUAUUAACUCUCAAGACCCACAACAAUCAGGCGCUACACAUCAAUGCGCAAGGCAGGGUAACUGCAGAGGAUAUAUCACUGGCACAAUCCUUCACAAUGGACAGUGUUGGCGAUGUACUCAGCGAGGAUUUCAAAAUCAGCAUCUAUGCCAAGGAUGUGGGCUUAUAUUUGUGCUUUGUCCAAGGCAAACUUGUUGGAAAGAAAAACGUCACAAAGGAUUGCCACUUCAAAGAGUCAAUGGAUCAUGGUUAUUAUAAGUAUACCAAUGCCUAUAAUGAAACGCUGCGUGUGGGAAUCAAGCGUAAUAAUCGACCUGUUGGACCUAGAGAUCUACAUAAGUGGCGUCGGCUGCGAAAUGCGUGUUUCUUGUUUUAUCGCAUGAAGGUUGAACAUUUCCACAGAAACCUGGCGAAUUUGAAGACAACGACAACAGCAACAACUAGCAGCAGCACCUCCACAACAACAACAACAACAACGUCGACAACAUCGACAACAACAACCACAACAACAACAACGCCGAGCCCAGUGGCAGUGACAAAACGCGCACGUGGCAAACCGCUGCGUCGCAGGCAGCCAACAAAAACAACAAUAACAACAACAUCAAAAAGUAUUAAUAGCGAUAGUUCUUCUACCCACAACAACAACAACAACAAUAUUAACAAUAGCAACAGCAACAACAACAGCAACAACAAUAGCCUUAAGUCCUACAACAAUUUGCAGAAUAGAGACGCGCUGCGUGAGCAACAGAUUAUCAAACACAAUCAGCAGCUCUAUCAACGCCAGCAACAUCGGCAGCAGCAGAAACUGUUGCACCGCCAGCGACAUCGGCCACAUGCGAAAGCCUCCGGUGCCAUGCAACAGCCACACACCAAAAAUUUGGUGGUGCGUCAUCAUCACAACAAUGCGACGUUAAUGGAACAACGACGGCGACGCAAGCAGCGACGCCAGAAGCAGCAGCAGCAGCAGCAACAACAAAUGGAUGAGGAGGAGGAGGAGCACCAAAAGGGGCAACAAUCAGCCGAGCAAUUGCCCACAGCAUCGUCCUCCUCGUCGUCUUCGUACACGGCAACUGUAGCAUCCACAGCGCUGACAGCAACCGCCUCCCUGGCGCCCUCUGCCCUCAAUCUGUUCGCCAUGCUGGCAGCGAGUCGACGCAAGCGUGGACGCCGAAAACGUGCAGCAUCAGGUGGCAGCGGUGGUGCCGACAUGGAUAUGCAGCUGGUGGAGCAGACAUCCGAGCAGCAACAGUCGCAGCAGCAGCAAGAUGAGGAUGUGCAACACUUGCAACAGCAACAGCAACAGCAGCAGGAGCAACAGCAACAAAAUGAAUACUCAAAAGCCUAUGUUAAUAGUAAUUUAAACUUAAAACAAAUACUAAAUAAUAAUUUACAUUUAAAUUUAAAUCUAAAUCUAAAUAGUAAUAGCCCUAAUGUUAAUAAUGCAAUACCUGCCUUGCCAAAAAACUACAACUACUUGUACAGUAACGAGCAUUAUAAUAUGAAUACUAAAAGUAGCACGACUGAUUCUAGUAGUUUAGACACUAGCACUAAGUUCGAUAGUCCAAAUAGCCAUAGCAAUAGCGAUAGCCAUACCGAUAGCCAUAGCGAUAACGAUAGCCAUAGCGAUAGCCAGUUGAGAGAGUCGAUCAAUUUCGAUGAGAACAUUGACAAUAAUCUUAAGAACCAACAAUUAAAUAUCGAUCGAAUUGAGAGUGUUCUUGUUGUUGCCACAAAUCGCAAUCAUAUUGAUGUUAAUAAUAUAAAUGACGAUAGGCCAAGCAACAGCAAUUACAACAAUAACCACAAUAAUAAUAAAAAUAUUAUAAAUAAUAGUGAUGAAAGCCAGCAAGAAGAAGAACAGCUGCAGAGUUCCUUAACUGGCCUACAACUGCAGCAGCAACAACAACUGCAACUGCAACAACAACAGCAGCAGCAACAACAACAACCUAAUAUUAUUAAUUUAAAUGCAAAUAUUAAUGUUGUUAACGAUGAUAAUGAUGAUAAUCAUAAUCACAAUAGUAAUUAUAAUGAGCAAUUUGCGAAUGACGAUGAAACGAUACGAAUUCAAAAUAAAUAUGAAACACAUAUAGUACAAUACAAACCUGACGUAUUCAUUUAA